GCUCCGAAAAUAUUUUUAUUCAUCAAACUCAUAUAUACACAGAUAAAGAAAGUAGUAAGACAUAUAUCUAUAAAAAAUAUAGUAAAAUGAAAAUGGGUAGAGCCAUUGCCAUCCUCUUUGUGCUUGUGAUAUUUCCGGCGGUGUACGGGCAGACGGCGCACACCGUCGGCGACUCCGCCGGUUGGGACAACAGCGUCAACUACGUUAACUGGUUAAGGGGCAAAACUUUUACCGUUGGUGACUCCCUUGUGUUCAACUAUGAUCCAUCCCAUGCUGUGGACGAAGUAGGAGCAAAUGACUACACUAGCUGCAACACCGCAAACGCCAUCAGCUCCGACAGCAACAGCCCCACCACCAUCUCCCUCGACCGUGCUGGCACCCGCUACUUCCUCUGCCCGAGGUCCAACCACUGCAGCCAGGGCCAGAAACUCACCAUCACCGUCGUCGCAGCCUCCACCACCCCUGGAGGCGGCUCCACCCCCUCACCGCCCUCCCCCGGCGGUGAAGGCACCCCACCAACUCCUACAACAACCACACCGUCCUCCCCACCUCCUCCAUCCGGCAACGCUGCCUCUAGCGUCGGCGGCAAGAUGAGCUCGGUGGUUGGCUUGUUGCUAGUUGUGGGAGCCAUGUUGGGAGUAAUGAGCUAAGGCAAGAGGCAGUGCUGUUUGUAAUUUUCUUUUAUUUUUGUGUAUUGUUAUAUUUUUAGUAUAAUCGUGUGUACAUGACUCAUUAUGUGGUGAGGUUGUGAGACCAUCUCUAUUGUUAUUGUCACCAUUUAUAUUAUUGAUUUGCUUCAAUAAAGAGACCAUGUUUCUUAGAA